UCAGUUGAGAAUCGCGUGCGAAUGCCCGUAAUAUUUGUUGGCAUCGAUAUUCAGGCUGUUGCCUAGCGUGACAGUCGGCCACACUGGACCUCACAUAACAUAACCGAAAAAUGAACAAAUGUUUUAGGUGCCAGCCCCGGAUAUCGCUUUUCCAGUUCAGCCUACCGCGAUGCUAUGCCGCAGUGCAACCAGGAUGUCCACCGCCACAAGAAAAACCCGUCGUCGGUUUGCCACACAAGCCCGAUCCCAAGACGGUGAAGUGUGACUAUAUAGGACCGCCGGACGCGCAAUCAAACCUACGUCCGUACGUACGGCACUACGGCGAUGAAGAGACGCGGCUGGCAAGGAGCCUGCGCCUUAAGCGGAUCGAGGUGGAGGCAUGGAACACGGACUUCUGGACCAAACACAAUAAGCGCUUCUACGAGGAAAAGGAAGACUUCAUCCGCCUGCACAAGGAGAGCGGAACUAGCGAAGUGUCCGCGGACCAGAUGAGCCACUUCUACAAAGCGUUCCUCGACAAGAACUGGCGCAUCCACAUCAUGUACAACAUCUCCUGGUACCUGAAGAACUUCGACAUACUCACCCUGGCCGCCGCAGUCCAGCUCCAGAGGCUUCUGGCGCUGGCCAAGCGGAGAUCUUAGGUGCAAUAUCUGUCGUCCCCAUUUCGUAUUUCCCAGUUUGCCGUUUGCCAUAAGUUGGAAUAAAAGAUCACGUGCGUAAAAUGGUGGCAUAAAAUUUACUUAGCUACUAUUUAAGGGGAUGAAAAAUACACGUUGUUCGGAGUUAGUUAAUGUACUUAAAAGUAAUCGCAAACUAUUUAAAUAAAAUAAAAUAGAAGUAGGUGUUCAUA